AUGAGGCAUAUGUUGAGUAAUGAGCGCAUUAGAGAUAAUUUGGCCAAGGCGCAAAUUGUUGAAUCUAUCAUGGCGUCUGCAACACUUCACAUCAAGAAAGACUUUGCAGGUUUGAUUACUUUCAUUUCUAGAUGGCGUCCUUCCACACACACGGGUAUAUGUAGAUGGGGACAAAUGACUAUUACUCUGGAAAGCGUAGCCGUGUUGCUGAAUCUCUCCAUUGUGGGAAGUUUCCACUAUAAACUAUCCACCGAAGAAAAUUCCACCCUCGAUGCUAUUGUUCAGAAGGAAGAAGAGUAUAAUCAACAUAAAAAGGACGAGGAAUGCUUUUACACUUGGUGGGUGUCUCAAUGGUUUCCUACAAAACCAAGGUCGGGUCAGGCACUGGAUGAUGAACUCAGCGUGGUCGCAUUUCUGUCUUUGUGGCUGUCCAGGGACAUCUUCGAUGACGGCUCUCGGAAGAAGACUAUAAUACACGACAUCGUCAUGUUUUCCAUAAAGUUAGCGAAAGGCAUGGUUCUCCCCUUAGGUAGUUUAUUCCUUGGAUCGUUGUACUCUCAUCUGGAUGCUUUGGCAGCAGACAUGCAUGCCUCCAACGGGUACAAGAAAGUUGAGUCGCAUAUUCACAUAGCCUUCCUCCAAGCAUGA